CUGUGAUCGUAACUCUGUGUAAUCCUAGGUAUAGACCUAGUUUCUGCAAAUAUCUAAUAUACACAGACAUAUAAACAUAACUACAAAUAGUCAGGAAAUAAAGUUGGAACUCUAUACAAUAGAAAACUAUCAACUUAAUUUUUACUGUCUAAGGCAAUGGCAUCUAGUCUUACACAAGAGGAGGAAAACUAUGUCAGGAUGAGCUUGCUACUGACAGGAAUAUCUCCUUGUGCAGCACGAGCUUUGUUUGAUCGGGAAUUUGCUCCAGCUUGUUUGGAUUCCUCUAUGAAAAAAGAAUACAACAGUUUGAGAGACCUUAAAAAAAAGCGAAUAAUUAAUCAGCCACAAUGGAACCUGCUGUUCCCAAGAUUUCCUGAUGAACCUGAUUCUAAAACAUUUGAUGUAACUCUAAUGAUAACGUUACUUAGAAACCUGACAAACUUGACCCCUCCUCAUGGUGGAUAUGAGCGGUUACCAUCUCCUAAUGAAACUACACCUACUUCAGAUCUGGCCAGAAUAAAAUAUUACAGAAACAAUCUGGCUCAUCUGGAUGAGGGGAAAAUAGCCAACAAUAUGUUCAUCACAGCAUGGGACGAUAUAACUGGUGCUAUCGGCAGGUUAGGUGGACAACCAAUGAAGCAAGAGUGUGAUAACCUGAAAACAAAGACAUUAAACCAGACAAACCAAGAAAUAAUAUUGGACAUUAAACGUUCUUAUGAUGAAAUGAGGGAACUAAAACAAUCCGUGGAGAGUUUGAAAAUAGCAAAUGCAGAUCUAACAGUUGAAGUAGAGAAGUUAAAAGAUACAGUGCCAUGGAAUGUAAGAGCACAAUUCAGUCAGGUGCUUGUGGAGUGGAAGGACAAUGACAAGAUGUUUGUAACAACCAGAGCUGCCAAACAUGUACUGACAUAUAUAAAGGAGAACAGUUGUGUGACUAUUACUGCUAGUUCUGGUGUGGGUAAGACGGCUACACUACGACAUGUGGCAUUAGAGAUGGAGACAGAAGGGUACGAUGUACUUCUAAUGACAGACCCAGGUGACAUUGUCAAGUUUUAUAACCCGAACCAGAAAACAUUGUUUGUUAUUGAUGAUUUAUGUGGUAACUAUUCUUUAAACCAGACUGACCUGAAAGUUUGGGAACCAGUCAUUCAACCAAUAAAAAAGAUUCUUUCAAAUAAACUUGCUAAGAUAAUUGUAGCAUGUCGAUUACAAGUGUAUCAGGAUGACAAGUUUGAAUGUUUAUCAGUUUGCAAAUCAUGUGUAUGUAACCUUUUAUCAAAUAGCAUGUGCUUAUCAUUAGCUGAAAAGGAGUUAAUAGCUGAAGUAUAUCUUAAAACUGAAGCUCCUGAUAUUUCCGAUUUUUAUGAUUUAUAUGAUUGCUUCCCACUUUUAUGUAAAUUGUAUCAAGAAAAUCCUUCACUUAAUAUCAAAAAUUUCUUCCAUAAGCCUUUUUCAGUUUAUGAAGUUGAGAUUGACAAUCUACAGAAAAAAGGAUUUUACAGUAAAUAUUGUGCCCUGGCUUUAUGUGUCAUGUUUAACAACAAUUUGAAGGAAGAAACGCUAACAGGGGAGAUAAAUGAAGAAACAAAAGCUAUCAUUGAGAACACAUGUGAGGCAUGUAAACUGGACAGAGGAAUAUCAAGGUUAACAUUACAGGAUGAACUGAACUCAUUUUUACAUACAUUCCUGAAAAAGGAACAAGAUAUAUACAGAACUAUUCAUGAUAAAAUAUUUGACUUUCUAGUGUACUACUUUGGACAGAAAAUACUCCAUUGUUUGAUAAAGAAUGCACAUAUAAGUUUAAUCAAGGAAAGAUUUUUGUUAGACAAACAAGACAAUGUGGAUCCGUUCAUAUCAAUUGUGCCUCCUAAAUAUCAUCAAAUGUACAUAAAAAGAAUGAUAGAUGACUGGUCAAAGGGUGAAGUCAAGGAAGUGUUUUGUAAUAUAAAUAUGAAGAUACCUCAGUUCAGACAGAGAUUUUUCUGUCAUUUGAAUGGACUGGACACAUCUUACCAGAGACAAUUAGCACAUACCUGUGAUGUAAGCAACAAUGAUACUGUAUUGUUACAGUUAUGUUUUCUGGGUGAUAUUCCUUUGAUUGGUUGGUGUUUUAACCAUGGUGUUGAUGUAAAUCAGUGGUGUAGGAAUAAUGAGAUAACCCCAUUACAUUUUGCUGCAAGUAGAGGUUGGACCGAAAUAGAAAGGAUGUUGUUAGACAUAGGAGCAGAUUAUAAUAAAUGUGACAAUAAUGGUUGGUCACCUGUAAUCGUUGCUUGUAGGUUUGGACAUACAGAAAUAGUAAGGGUUUUGUUAGACAUAGGAGCUGAUUAUAAUAAAUGUGACAACAAUGGUUGGUCACCUGUAAUGCAUGCUUGUAGUGAGGGACAUACGGAAAUAGUAAAGUUGUUGUUACGCAUAGGAGCAGAUUAUGAAAAAUGUAACAGAUAUGGUCGGUCACCUGAAAUGCUGGCUUGUAGAUGUGGACAUACAAAAAUAGCAAGGAUGUUGCUAGAAAUAGGAGCAAAUUAUAAUAAACGUGAUAAUGAUGGUUGGUCACCUGUAAUGCUUGCUUGUAGAUAUGGACACACAGAAAUAGCAAGGAUGUUGUUAGACAAAGGAGUAGAUUAUGAUAAAUGUAACAAUGAAGGUUGGUCAUCUACAAUGUUUGCUUGUAGAUAUGGACAUACAGAAAUUGUAAAGUUGCUGUUAGACAUAGGAGCAGAUUAUAAUAAAGGUAACAAUAAAGGCCAGUCAUCUGUAAUAAUUGCCUCUGAAAGAGGUCAUAGUGAUAUAGUUAGUGUGAUAAAUGAACAUUCCAGGAAUGUAAUCAAUACAUAACAGUAUUAAAGGAAACUUUGUGACUGAACAUUUUUCUGGUUAGUCGUGUCAGUGUUAAAAGACGUAAACUGUCAAAUUUUAGUUAUUUUUCAAAUGUUGUACACUAAGGCCGUGUUCACACCAAACGCUGCGUAUUGUAAACCUGUUAAUAAAUAAUUUCAUGUCAUAAACCCUAAUAUCAAA